AAUUUCAAAACAGCAAUUUUUAUCUCUCUUUGACCACCUCGACAUCUCAACCCUCCUCCUUACUAAAAUAAAAGUUCCUCUCUUUGGGACCUUUUAUCAAACACAUUUCUAUUUGAACAGUGAAAACUGAAAAAUAACAAACCCUUUUCUCUUCUCCAGAAAAAAAGAUGGCCGAUAGUGGUGGUGGUGGUGGUGGUAAUGAAGAUGCAGAUUCAGUCAUAGUAAGUAAAAGUGGUCCAUUAAGAUCAUCAAGUUUGAGUUCUAGUUUAGAAGAUCUUCUUACUUUUAAAACUAGUUUAAGCAGUUCUACUACUACUAACACUACUAAUUUUACUAAUACUAAUUCUUCUAGUAAUUUUAGUAUCAGUAGUUAUAAAACUAGUGAUGGGUGUUUUUUUGAUUCUGGGGGGAAGAAAUUUGAUGAAUCUGAGAUUGAAGAAAAUGCUAAUCAAAAUGGGGGGCAGCAGUUGUUUUUAGAUUACCAACAAGAAAGUGAAAAGAAUAGUUUGAUUUCUAGUAGUAGCUUCAGUAUUGAUGAUCAGAGGAACAAUUUUUGUCCUAGUAAGCCUCAUAAAGGUAAUGAUUUGAGAUGGGAUGCAAUACAAUGUGUAAAAUCUUCUUCUGGGGUUUUAGGGUUAAGUAAUUUUAGGCUUUUGAAGAAACUUGGUUGUGGGGAUAUUGGUAGUGUUUAUUUAGCAGAGUUAAGGGGUAUGGGUUGUUUAUUUGCUAUGAAAGUUAUGGAUAAAGGGUUAUUAGAAGGUAGGAAAAAGUUAUUGAGAGCUCAAACUGAGAAGGAAAUUUUAGGGUUGUUGGAUCAUCCAUUUCUUCCUACUCUUUAUUCACAUAUUGAGACGGAGAAAUUCUCUUGUUUGCUUAUGGAGUUUUGUAGUGGUGGGGAUUUACAUACGCUUCGGCAGAGACAGCCUGGGAAACAUUUUACGGAGCUCGCCGCAAGGUUUUAUGUUUCAGAAGUGCUUCUUGCUCUACAGUACCUACACAUGAUGGGUGUGGUGUACAGGGACUUAAAGCCUGAAAAUGUUCUGGUGAGGGAGGAUGGCCAUAUCAUGCUUACGGAUUUCGACUUAUCAUUGAGAUGUCUCGUGAACCCAACCCUCAUAAAGGCCGGUACAGAAUCAUCUAGAAGAAUCUCUGCCUAUUGUAUACAGCCAGCCUGCAUAGAUCCAUCAUGCAAACUGCCAGUUUGUGUGGAACCAGCUUGUUUGCAACCCUCAUGCUUAACGCCCCGAAUCUUCAAGUCAAAAUCAAAGAAAGGGAAGAAUAAGAAUGAAGGUACAAACAUGAACCACCAUAAUAUGGAUUCUCUUCCUGUUCUUAUUGCAGAACCAACCGAUGCCAGAUCAAUGUCAUUUGUGGGGACACAUGAGUAUUUAGCUCCUGAGAUCAUUAAAGGGAAUGGUCAUGGAAGUGCUGUAGAUUGGUGGACAUUCGGCAUUUUCCUAUAUGAAUUGGUUCACGGUAGAACACCAUUCAGAGGGAGUAGUAACCGUGAAACAUUGUUCAAUGUUGUCAGUCAUCCACUGAAAUUCCCAGAAGGAUCCAACAUCAGUUUUGCUGCUAAAGAUUUAAUUAGGGGUUUGCUUGUGAAGGACCCGCAACAUAGAUUAGGAUACAAAAGGGGUGCAACAGAGAUCAAACAGCAUCCUUUCUUCGAAAAUGUUAACUGGGCUCUUAUACGCAGUACUCAUCCUCCAGAAAUACCAAAACCAGUUGAACUGAGUUUUGUUGAUCAAAAAAUUAGGUCACCAACUGACACUGGAGCUGCUGAUUCAGAUAGUUCAUCAGGUCCUUACCUAGAUUUUGAGUUUUUCUAGAAAAUUUUGGCGAAAAAUGAGAUUAACUUUUUUCUUUUUAGUUUCUGUUGUUGUUGUUGAGUUAAUUAGGUUGACAGAGCUCUUGUAUAUUUAUUUCAUCAAUGAAAUCUUUUUG